CAAAGUUUCGAGUCAAAAUUCGAAAAUCAGUUUUUCUGAUAUUUCUAAGAAUCAAGGUCUUUAUAGCUCAUUUUGACCUACAUAAUGAACAUAGUCUCAAUUCAUAAGUGAUUUAUUAGUUUGAGAAUUUCCUUCAUUCGAUAAAAUCCAGUUAUUGCUUCUUUCUUCGAACUUACAUUUUGCAACGUAUAAUAGUGGCACAAAUCAGAAAAAAAAUCUACCCUUAAAAGAAGAUAUAUCAUUAUGAUUUUGUUAACUAUUAAAAAUGUUGAAUAGGCCUGUAAUCUUAGUCACUGAGACCGAAGGAAAAGUUUGGCGAAUUCUAGUUAAUCUUAUACAAAAUUCAAUGUUUCUUCAUAAAGGUUUUCCAAGUCUGUUUGACUAAGAUAUCAAUCUAAUUGAAGGAGAAAAAAGUGUUUGAGUGUACCUAAGCCUUGUAACUUCGCCACUCAUGCCAAGUCUAUUCGCUUGAUCCUGGUUCAAUUUUUUAUCUUUGAGUGUGUAUAUCUUCAGAACCUAUUGAAGAACAAAGGGUUAAUAUUAUUUAUUUAUUUAUUUAUUUAUAGAUCCAAUUGUAAACAAUGAACAUACAAAUGAUGUUAUUGAGAUUCCAAUUGAAACAGAUAAUGCAGAAAUAGAACAAAUAGAUCAAUCCGUAAGUUCUCCUGAACAACAUAAUAAUGACGAACAACGCCAAACAAUCAUUCCAAUGGUUCAAAUUAAUUCAGUCAUAAAUAAUAAUCAUAAUGAAGAAGAAGAUCAAUCGAAAGUAGAAAGUUCCGAUAAUAUUAAUGAACAAUUAUUAUCAACAGAUUCUUCUAUAACGAAUGAUGUAUCUUCGAUAAAAGAUACAAAUGAAGAAGAGCAUAAUUUAGAAUUAAUUGAAGCACAAAAACAAAUUGAAUUACUUCGUGAACAUUUAAAUGAAACAAAUGAACGACUUGUUUCUAUGGAAGAUGUACAUCGAAAUGAACAAGAAAGAUAUCGUUCAUUAACAUUAGAAUACGAUUUAAUACGUGAUGAACUUGUUCAAUUAAAACAACGUUCAAUAAAAGAAAAGAAUGAUAAUAAUCAAUUACUUGAAAAACAACAAGUUGAACUUGAACAAUUAUCAAAAUCUAUUGUAUCAAAACAGAGUGAACAUGAUCAAUUACUUAGUGUUUAUCUCUGUUUUUUUCUUUCUUGUUAUUUGCUCAUUUUUUUUCUUUUCUUUUGUCUUUUAUCAUGGUGA